AUGAAUUCCUCGGCAAAUGGCUUCUAUGCCCCGGGACCGCCCAUGAUGAACCCUCCACCACCGCGCAUCUUUGGCAGCGGCACGUUUGAUCCCUCGCAGAUGCCGGCCGGCAACAUGUUUGCACACGACGACAUGGACGACCACGACAGCAGCGACCCCAAGAGGCGGCGCAUUGCACGGGCGUGCGACAUGUGCCGGAAGAAGAAGAUCAAGUGCGACGGCAAGAUGCCUUCGUGUACACACUGCCAGAACUACAAGACCGAAUGCAUCUUCACCCAGGUAGAGAAGAAACGGCAACCGCCGAAAGGUGCCAAAUACAUCGAAGGGCUCGAGAACCGGCUUGCGCGCAUGGAGUCGCUGAUGCGCCUGUCGGGUGUCCUCCCAGAAGACGACGACGGUAGCACGGAUCUGGCCACAUUAGAAAGACGGUUGGAGGCACGAGCGGGACGGUCGGCAACACCCAGGAACAGCAUAGACGACAGGAGGGCUUCUACAGCCCAUACUGGCGGCCUUUCGACGACAAAUGGAACGCCCGCACAGCCGGCCCUACCGAGUCCGAGAAGUGGCACCGCCUCGCCCGAGCCAGACGAGGAUGCCGAGAACAAGGACAAGGAUGAAGACGCGCUUGCCGAGAUGAUGUGUUCGCUGGUGACCAACAACUGCGGCGAGACAAGAUAUAUCGGCUCAUCAUCCGGCUUCUCCAUCUUCUCACCCAAAGGCAUACAAUGGGUGAAUGAAAAGACGGGAGACAACUCUUUCCGCGAUAUGAUCUCCACAGCUGCCGUCGAGGACAACAAGUGGAUCCAAUGGCGACCGGACGUAUUCCAAGACAUCUUCAAGCGACGCGUAUACAAGCAAUUACCACCCAAACACGAGGCGCUAUCCUUGCUAAAGGACUACUUUGAGAACUUCAACUGCAUGUUCCCGUUGUUCCACGAGCCGACUUUCAUGCACUUGGUGGAUAAACACUACUCCAAAGACCCAUACGAAGGUUCUGGGUGGUGGGCUAGUUUGAACGUGGCCUUGGCCUUUGCACAUCGACUCCGUGUCAUGAGUAAUCUUGUACCGGCCGAGGAGGAUGAGAAGGCGUGGCAAUACUUGAAGAAUGCCAUGAGUGUUAUGGUCGAGCUUACUAUGCGCAAUACAGACCUACUGAGUGUGCAGGCUCUACUGGGAGUGCCUACCUACUUCUUCGUUGCCACCGCCAUGCGACUGGCACACAGUAUCGGCCUCCACAAGAAGGGCGCCAACUUCAGUCUCAACGCCGCCGAAGUGGAGCAACGGAGACGAGUAUUUUGGAUUGCGUACAUGUUGGAUAAAGAUAUCUGUCUUCGAUCUGGCAGACCCCCUGUUCAAGACGAUGACGAUAUGAACGUCGAGCUACCGAGCGAGACUCCACCAGACAACAUCGGCAACAUCCCGCUGGCCGACGGCAAGGGAACGAUGAACCUCUUCCGCCUCAUGUGCACCUUUUCCGUCAUCCAGAGCAAGGUCUACAAGGGCCUAUACUCGGUAAAGGCCUCCAAACAGACCGAUGGUGAGCUUCUCAACACCAUUGGCGAGCUGGACAAGGAGCUGGAAGCCUGGAAGGACGGUAUCCCUCUGGAGUUCCGCCCAGAACACGACAUCAAAUCCUCGCAUACGCCGCUUAUCCUCCAAGUCGCCGUGUUGCAUCUUGGCUAUUACAACUGCCUGACCACCAUCCAUCGCAUGAGCGUGCACCAUGGAUACUGGACAAGCCGACUAUCCAACUUUGCGAUACAAGGCCUGAAUGCGCGACCGCUCAACCCCCGAGUGUUCAUGUCUGCCCAGUUGUGCGUGCAGGCCGCUCGUGCUUCCAUUCAUUUGUUAAAGUACAUACCCAAGGGCGACCUGUCAUGUGUCUGGUUAGUCAUCUACUUCCCAGUCACCGCCCUCGUCACGUUGUUUGCGAAUAUCCUACAAAACCCGCAAGACACGCGAUCGCGAUCAGAUCUCAAGCUGAUGAAGCUUGUCGUCAACUUCCUAAACAUGCUCAAUGACGACCAAGGAAGCGGCAGUGUGAAGCGCAUGUGCACCGUCUGUGCCGAGUUUGAGCGCAUUGCUACUAUUGUGCUAGAGAAGGCAGACCGCGAACACGCAUCGCGACGAAAGAGGAAGCAGGGUGAUAGCGAACAAGACGCACAGAUUGAAGCGACUGCGGCUGAGUUGCUCUCAAAGACUCGCACGUCUCACUCAUCGCCUCAGCAAGUCACGACACCACAACCUCCUACAUCGGAAGGCAUGAUCUUCAACCCGGAUUUCCACGGCUUCAACGAACCCUUUCCCUUCUCACCCAACUUUACGCACGCCUCGCUGCAGCCGAACAUCCAGAUGAGCCAAUACGGUUCACCAGGCAUCACUGCCCAGAUGCUCCAACAGCAACAGCCCCUUCCAAUGACGACUGGCGGAGACGCCAACGCCGUCAGCUCCAACAUCAGCGCCACCAUGACGGGCAUGGGCCAGUUUGAUCAGACCUUCAACAACGUACCGCAGGACCUCUGGAAGAUGCCCAUGACUCUUGAAUGGGAUUGGGCAGACAUGACUGGUGGUUUUUCCGGCUACGAGGACGGCAUCAGUAUGAAUGGUGUGCUUCCCGAUUUCGCAAACAACACCGGUCAUGGGACGAGCGAGUUCAAUCAAGGUGCCAUGAAUGGAGGGCGCUGAGCCUGACGUGGUAUGGUUCCACGACAUGUUCGAUUACGUCUCCAUGGAAGAUGACGCACGCGUUGACGCCUACCUGGCUGCUGUCAGGAUAUCGGUACAUACAACUUUAAUUUCAUGACUUCACGGCCUGUACAAUACACUUUGAGCAUAGGCUCUUGUAAUUGAAUACAUGUUUACGGCGA